CGUAUGUUUUUGCAAGAAGCACAUCUAUACACAGUGCUCAACAGCGGUCGUUUCUGCGGGCAUGCCGAUCAUCAUCAAAGAGUACACAUGGACGGAGUCCUCAACGCAUGUCUAUUUGACGAUUCCGUUGAAGGGUGCAAACCCCAAGAAGACGGAUGUUUAUGUCAAUGAUGUGUACGUGAAGGUCAAUUUUCCGCCCUACUUCUUCGAGUUGGAUUUGGCACAUGAAGUGGAUAGCGAAAAUGCGGUUGCUACGAUUGGCAACGGAUGUGCGAAGUUGGAGCUACCAAAGCAAAUCGAGCAGCCCUGGACGACGCUUACACACACGCCUACAUCCCCGGACUCUCUCAAAUCCCGACGCGCAAAUGCAGACGAGAAAUCCAGAGCUCGCAUUGCAGCAGCGCAAGAAAAGAAGCUGGCAGCACGGCGUGAGAGGGAGAGGGCGCUGGUUCAGAAGCAGAUUGAAGUGGAGCGAAAUGCAAGGGAGGAGGUCGCCCGCUUGAAAGAAGAAGAAAGGCGUGCCGCUGUAGAAGACUUGGCGGGCUGGACUCGGAAUGUGGAAGAUGGGGAAAGACGGAGAGACCGGAUGGAGUCGAAUAUUCGAGGGCAAACCUCGUCGGAGGACAAAAUCACAGAGAUAUUCGAGGACGAUGACCUUGUAUCUACGCAUAGCCGUGCGAUCGAGAACGAAUAUACGUCGGGCCCUGAGGAUGCGGUAGCCCAGGAGCCUGAAAACACGAUCACGCAUGCAUCUUAUAUACAAGAAGUAAAUGACUCUGAGGAAGAUGAGGAUGGAUUGGACAUGGAAGAAAUCAGAGCGAAAGUGCGAAAGCAGCUGCAACCUAAGAGUGUUCCUCCCCCACGGGACGUAGACCGGGAGAUCAUCAUCUCUUUUACAUCACGAGGAUUGAAACCCACGAAAACAGCCCGGGAAAGCGAAGAUGUAAAAUGGGAGACCCGCAUCAAAGCGAUGCAGGAUGAGCACGAGCUGAAGCAGAAAGCGAUAGCCGCCAAAGCCGCUGAGACUGACGCCAAUGGCAUUGACGAGACAAACCCGAUCUUCCUGAAGGACAAAGGAAACGCGUUCUACAGGACAGGAAACUUUGAAGCAGCAAUAAAUGCAUACUCGGCCGCAUUGAAAUUGGACCCGGACAGUCUGCCAUGUCUCUCCAAUCGCGCCGCGUCCUACCUCCACCUCUCUCAACAUGACUCUUGCAUCAAAGAUUGUACAGCAGCUCUCGACCUUCUUUCCCGCGAGGAGAAGAACAUAAUUGAGAAGAUGAUCAACGACACUCCAGCGGCAAAGGAACAGCGACGGAUCUCCAGGGUGAAAUCACUUGUUAGGAGAGGAGCAGCGAGCUUGAAGAGCGGGAAGAGGACCGAGGCUGUGAAAGAUUAUACUGAAGCCUGUGGAAUAGAUCCUCGGAACGAGGGAUUAAAGGAUGAUCUGGCCGUCUUGACACUGGCAGAGCCACUGCAGACGUUGGGCGCCCAGGAGAAGGGACGUUGAGCUAGAUUUAUAAAUCGGGACGUAGGGAGACCUUAGCUUUGUAUUUCCAACGAACAUAUGUAAUUCGGUUGAUGCUCCAUUGUGGAAGCCGAGCUUACUUUUUCAUCUUCCUUUUCAUUACUCAUUGCCCUCCUCCAAACUUGAAGAUGACACCCCUCGCGCUCGAAUCUUCGAUAUAUAUAGCUCAACAGGUCGCAGGCCGCGCACUUGCCGAUCAAGACCUGAUUACGAAUAUGUGAAAUGUUCUACAUAACUCUCAGUGAGCCGCUUUGGAAAAAGGUGUGACGGGC